UGGUUUGUUGUCGUUUGAGACCGGCGGAAGUGAUUUCCACGUGAGAAAAGACUUCUAGAAGUUUCACCAGGAAAUCGGUGUUUAUUUCUUGAACCUGGUUACUAUGGCUGAAGUGCAGUGUUACAACAAAGGAUGUGGUCAGAAGUUUGACCCACAAAGUAACUCCGAGGAUGCAUGUACAUUUCACCCAGGAGAGCCGGUGUUCCACGACGCCCUGAAGGGCUGGUCCUGCUGUGACAAGAGGAGCACAGAUUUCACCAUGUUCCUCAACUACCCGGGCUGCACGAAGGGUGCACACAGUAAUGUUAAACCAGUGGAGCCCAAGAAACCAAAGACAGAGAAUCCCGGGGAUGUGAUGGUGGUAGAAGCCCCCAGACAGAGAGAUCCCAUCAAGCCGCGUACAGCCAACAAUCGACCGUCGGUUGAUGAACCCAUGACGAAGCUGAAGCUGACAGUGGGAGCAUCCUUGAAGUCGGCCCUGGAGCGGCUCACCCUGGAGGAAGACGAGGACAAAGAUGCUGCAGGAGAGACAGCUGAUGGCACAGUGAAGAUCGGAACAAGCUGCACAAACAAUUCCUGUAAAGGUACCUACGAGGGUGAGGCCAGUGACAGUGAGACCUGCACAUUUCACCCCGGGGUGCCCAUCUUCCAUGAAGGGAUGAAGUACUGGUCCUGUUGUAUGAGGAAGACGUCCGACUUUGACAGCUUCCUGAAUCAGGUGGGAUGUGAGACAGGGAAGCACCGCUGGAUCAAGCCACAGGCAGCAGGAGGGGAGUUGAAGGCGUGCAGGUUUGACUGGCAUCAAACAGGGCCCAAUGUGUGUCUGUCUGUGUUCGCCAAGGUGGCCAAUCCUGACUUUUCUCUCAUAGAAGCCAACCAAGUCUUCCUAAAAGUUCACAUAGUGUUUGACAGUGGGAAGAGUAUAUUUGAAAAGGAAUUUGUUCUCCGAGACGUGAUAGACCCAGCCAGGAGCAGCGUGAAGAUGUUGGGCACCAAGGUGGAGAUCAACUUGAGGAAGGCGGAGAACUUCAGCUGGCCAUCGCUGGAGAUGCCCAAGACAGACACAGCAUCUGCCAACAAUGGGUCCAACUGACACACGUAGGUCGGGGGAUAUUUCAACAAGACAGUUUGGUUCUGGAGGACGGACCAUGGACAACUUACCUCUACAAUUGCAAUCUCGGGAGAGUUUGAACUGACCAAGUCUGAGUUUCUGAUCAGCUUGUAUUGGCUGUUGCAGUGAAUGUGUAACCUUCCCCAAAUCUCAUCUCAAAAAGAUGUCUCAAAACUCUGCAUUUGAAACUCAGGAACUGCCAACACAUGUUCUCACACUCUGGCCUAGCAGUCCCUUAGUAUUACUCCACUGUUAUUAUUUAAUUUGCAUAUAACAUGACAAAACAUUUCUGAAUUUUGUUAAUGGUGUUCUUUAAAUCUUGUGAAUAAUUUUUGAGACUAUGCUCAAGAUCUAGUGACGUUAAAUAUUAACUCACUCUCUCAAUACCUAUCCCAGGGGGAAGUAUAAUAAUUAAUAUAUCCAUACAGAUUGGGGGCACGGGUGGCCCAGUCAUCUAAAGCGCUGUGAUUCGCUAUGCAGAGUUGCGUCCCUUGGGCACGCCAGAAACCUAUGAUUGUGGGUUCGAAUCCUGGUUCACCCCGAUUAUGUUUCUAGGUUUGUCAGCACCAUACCCGUGCUUGUGGGUUUCACCAAAAUGGUAAAAGUCUUAGACCUGCAUCACUUCGGGCUUUCCUCCCACAUUAAGCUGACACGCCGCGAUAUAACUGGAAUACUGUUAAAAGUGGCGUUAAACCCAACUCACUCACUCCAUACAGAUUAAACACAGUGUGAAUUCCGGGUAAGAAUAGGUCCCCUGCCACCUGUGCUGGUCAGAGGUGACAAGUCGAAUAUGGUGGUCGGGGUCAGUGACUUCGUUGUUUGUGUGUUAUGUAUGCCAACAAGAGCAGAUGCUUGUGCAGAUGGAAAUAGUUUGUUUCUGUUGUGACAUUGUCUCACGGAUAGUAAUCAUUUCGUGACAUAUAUUUAUCAUGCAUAUCAAAUUUUCAAGAAUGAAGUGAAUAGAUGACCGCCUCCAUGGUGUGGUGGAUGGCGUGACUGCUCAGAGAGUGGAAGCUUAUGAUUCGAUCCCAAACUGCGUAAUUUGAAAUGAUGUUAAAAGAUUGUUCUUGUGACACUGCCUGGCACUCGGCAUUAAGAGAGAAAACAAGGACUGGUCAGCUAGGAGUUUACUAUGUCUGAGCAUGCACACAUGACAAGACAUUCAAGAUCAUUACAUUUGUAUUAGCGAUGUGUGUGUUCACCUGUUGGAACAGACAAUGUAGCAGGUACUCACAUCUGUCUGGGUUGAGGCAGAGGUAGAAGGUUGAUUGCAAGAAACUCGUGUUAGGAGACAGUUGAGGUCUAAUCAAAUCAUGGCUUCACUGUGUCAUCUUGGUUUUUUUGACUCCGAGAACUUUGACAAAAGACUUGUGACUCAUUGGACAUUGGACGUAUUAUUGUCUCCCUCCAGUACCAAAUGUAUUGACUGGAGCAAUAUGUUGUAUGAAGAAAAUUAUAGCAUGGUGGCUCUUUUAGCUGUGUGGGUCAUUGAUGAGAUAAGUAGUUGUAAAUUGAAGAUAUUUUGAAGAAAUAAAUAUCAUUUUCAUUCAAUAUCAUGAUUAUUGAUCUGUAUUAUUUAUUCUGGAAACAGGUAUCAACACAUUUUCCGUCAUAUUUAUGACAUUCAUGAUAAUGUUUGUAAGGUUUUAUUCUAAAAUUAACAUUUUGGAGAAACUUUUAGUAAAUAAAAUUGGCAGAUAAUUAAAUUCCUUAAAUAUUUAAGUUUUCAAAAAUGGAAACUUGGCUAAGAUUUGAACAUGUUGAAACUGAAAAACAUUGUGACAAAAUAUUUAGUAUUUGAAGUAAAACUAUUUCUUUAUUGAUCAGUUUGAACAAAAUUUAAAUAUUGGUAAGUUUCACAACCAUGUUUCGCCAUAGAACAAAUUACAGCAUCUUGUUUGUGGCAUCUGUACUGAUACAAGUGUCUUAUUUAUUGAUUUCAUUUUCUUGACACACUCCUUACUUGUCACAAGAUGAAGUGCAAUUCAUUUUACUACAAUCUUUCAGGAAUGUGUUUGUGUGUGAAGUUUACAAAGGUCCUGUUUCAAUGCAGAACUAUCAGUUUGCUCAUAAGAAUACCCUACAUCCAAGAUGAUUUGUAACUGAAGAAUACUGUCUCGUAAGCGAUUAUGAUCUUUUUCCUUUUAACUAAAUAAUAACAUACCACUUUGUAAAUGUUUAUGCCUGCCAGUUAAGGUUUAAAAAGAAUGUCAAGCUGGUGUGGUAGAUUAAAACCAAGUGCUAAAGUUUGAAUGGUACAAUGAUGACUGUACAUCACAGAUUUGGGACUGGUCAUUUAAUGGGGGUGGGGUGGUCUAAGUAUAUGUGCUAUCUUAUUAUGCUGAUCCUCCCAUUAAUGUAAAAAAAAUUCAUGUUUUCCUCCCUCUCCCCCAAUACUUUUUUAUGCCACCCUCCCCCGAAAUAAUUGUCCAGUUUCUACUUAUUGUUCAAAUUAGAUUUUUUUAUUUGUCAAAAUAGAACUUUAAGAUAUUUUUUUCAUGUUUUCCCAAUGUUAGAGUUGUGAUAACUUUUGGCGACCCCUUUCGCUGUGUCAUGUUUUCAUGACAACCCACCUCUCCCUUACUCUCACUGACCCACCCCUAUAAGUCACCAGUCCCAUGAUGGAUAGGAAACAUAUAUGCAUGUGGACUGUUAUGUUUUCCCCCAAUAUUUAUUCCAUGAUUGUGUGUGGCAUGAAAGUCUAUGAGGAGCCUGGUAGGACAGGUACAUGCACCCCUAAUCACACGGUAGCAGAAGGACAUGACUUCAUCACAGCAGACUGCUGGAAACAUUCAACCACAGUUUCCAUUUAACAUGUUUGUGGAUCAGUUUCUGUCUUGUAACAUAGUACUUAUUGUGUGUGGGUGCACACUUUGUAAAUAAAUCAGAUGCGGAUGACA